UCUCUCUCUGCGUCACCAUCGCAAUGAACAGGUCCUCCUUGUGCUCUGAAGCGUGGAACGGCACGGAGCGUAUGCGUGUUGCCAGGGCGAUGGGUGAGUCAUCAUCUGUCCAAUCUGAGAAGCUUCGCUCAUUGGCUUGCUCGCUCUCUGAGAUGGGAUUGGAUAAUGGAAAUCCCCCGGGCAGCGCGAAGCAGCCUACCACGGAGCCCACCAUAGAGCUUGGUAAAGGAACAUUCUUUGCAGACGGCCAGAGGAAGGUGGACUAUAUUCUGUGCUAUAACUAUAAGAAGAGGAGGAUCUCCCUGCAUCGUCUCUCCCUCACCUCUCAAGCAUCCAAUGGGAGCCUUCCGCUACCCAACAUGCUGAGACGAGAUACGCAGCCUGAGCUGGAGGCAGGGUUGCCAGAGGGGGAGGAGUCUCAACUGAGUGAGGAAGAGAAAGCUAUGAUGAGGGAGGAGUUUGAGUCUGGGCUGUUGGAGCAGGGCCUGCAGCUGGAGAGAGACAAGGAGUCUAGGUCCCAGGGUAUAGGGUUUAUCCGGCUGCAUGUUCCCUGGGCGACGCUGAGCAGAGAGGCUGAGCUACAGAAGAUCAAAGUGCCGGUCAAAAAGAGUUAUGAGUUGCGGCAGCCUCAGGGCAUCGCGGGGAAAAUAGCAUUGUUGUAUCAAACCCUGAUCAAACCCUUCCGACCUGAUGUCCCAGAAACACUAAACACACAGUCCCACCAGAACCGAACAAAGACCCUCUCACACCCCUUCUCCAGAGACAAGCUACACCUGUUUGAAAUCAAGUCACAGGACAUUCUAUUUGACUACUCUGUACGCAGCAGAAUAGUCAAGGAGAUAUUGACACGCACCGCCUGUACACAGACUUGCCAAGCCACUGGUAUCUCAUCGUUAUUAGCUACUGGUGUUUAUAACUCUGCCUUUCCUCCACACGAUGGGUCAUUCACCAGGAAAGGAGGGCGGGAUCAGAGGAACGACAGACAGCUCCUAUAUGAGGAGUGGGCCAACUAUGGAGUGAUGUUCAAAUACCAGCCAUUGGACCUAAUCAGGAAGUAUUUUGGGGAGGCGAUUGGUCUGUACUUUGCCUGGAUGGGAGUUUACACCCGGAUGUUGGUCCCGCCCUCUCUACUGGGCCUUAUAGUGUUCCUCUAUGGUGUCCUCACUGUCAACACUAAUGUGCCCAGGUUUCAAACAUAA